CUUACUUCAGUGAGUUCGCACUGUCACCCGACACCCCGAGCCUUCGUCUCCGCAGUUACGCGAGGAAUCAAUCACGGUAAUUAUCUCACCGCGCGCGCACAGCCCGCCUAAUCAAAGCCGGAAUUUAAGCGCCAUUGCUGCACCCAUAGACCAUACCAUACCAUACCUGCGUGCGUCCUUCCUCUUCUCUUCUUCUCCUGUGGCCAUAGUGCUACAGUGCUAGCUCAGCGGCGUGCGGGCUUCUCGUGUUCUCGACUGAUCUGAGCCGACGGGCAGCGCGAAGGCCGAAGGGGAUCCCAUCUGGCGCGGCGGUGCUGGGGGCGCUGCUUCGUGGCUCGAGCCGUCGGCAGUCAGGAUUUGCCAAAGAAAUAUACCCAACUGUGAUGGACUAGCCGCAAAAUAAAAGAUGGCGACUGAGGUCAAUCAAACUUUUUUCGCAUGGUCAGGAGAAACAACUGACAUGGGUCUUUCACAAGGAGCUCCAGUAUCCCAGAAGCUUAAUCAUGGUUCCAUAUCAUUCGGAAGAUUUGAAUUGGAGUCACUAUCUUGGGAGAAGUGGUCUGUAUUUACAAACGACAGUCGUAGUGAAGAAUUUGGUAAGUUCAAUGGUUUAGUUGCUCAGAAGAAGGCAUAUUUUGAAGAGUACUACAAGAGGAUUAGGGAGCUUAAGGCUUCACAGCAGCAAAUUCAGCAAACUGAACUUACCUUGGAAUACAGUGGUGAUGGUAGCGAUUCUAGCCAAACAGGAGAAGAAAUGCAAGCUGAAGAUCUUGAAACUCCAACAGCAUCUGGAACAAUUGUUUAUGAUGAUUAUGUGGAAGAAGCUACACAUGAGACAACCUCUGAACAGGGCAUGCAAUGCUAUCAUGACCAUAAAGAUGAAGACUUUCAUAUGGAAUUUUCGCCAUCCAAUGUUACUUCAGCAGCGAGAAUUUCACAGCAAACCAACAAAGAUACUAGAGAAAAUGCCGGUGGUGACAAUUCAGAUCCUGUAGAUACUGAAAAUGCAAGUUGUGGUCAUGCCAGUCUUGGAGCAGCUUAUGGAAAUGCAAAGGCUCCUAAAAGAAUUAUUGACAAAGACCCCAGACUUAGAUAUGCUUCAAUGAUAAUACCAAAAUCGGUCAAAACGAUUCCAGGCAGUCCUCUGGACCGCACAUCUGUUAGUAAGAGGCCUGCUUCAGUGAAGCACAGUAUGACUAUGAACCAGAAAACUAAAACAGAUAAGCUCCGUAGCACGAAUGUGACUCCUCAGAAGGCUGCUGGCGCGGCACGGACUCGCAAGCCUACGGCAAAAGAAGCUCCUGAGGUUACAGGUGUCAGAAGACCCUCUUCGGCUUCCGCGCGGAUGCCAUCUGUGGGAGAGCGACAUCCGAUCACCAGGGAAAGUGUUAAGAAGCCUGCUGAUGUCUCCACCCCGCGACGCCCUUCCUCUGCCGAAAGACACCCAGUCACCAGAGAGAGUACACAGAAGCAAGUCACUGUCACCACGCCAUGCCGACCUUCUACUUCUGAGAGACGCCCUGUCAGCAGAGGGAGUGCAGCAAAGCACGCUGACGUCACAACUACACGCCGACCCUCUACAGGAGAAAGACGCCCUAUUACCAGGGAUAGUGUUCAGAAAAUGGACCCAAGAACGUCUAGCAAGACAAGAUCGUCUAUGGAUUAUCCAAUGCUUACAGCAACCUCAGUGAGUAUUGUGAAAAAGGCUGCCACUUCAAGUGCUACUAAAAGUACCAAGCCGGAACCAAAAAGCAACGUCAGAAGAUCAAAGGGUUCUUCAACAUUAGACAGUAACUUAACUAGGCCAAGAAGAAUGGCCUUGCAAGUUUCAAGCUCGGUUAACUUUCCGCCAUCGAAAAUGCUGAGUUCAAGUGUUGGAGAACCAACAUUUGCAAGGCUGAAAAAGAAAGAGGGCAUUCAGGGGACAGUGCAAUCUCGGGUAUCUGCAUCAAAGAAAGCAACUCCUUGGCAGCCCGGAAACACCAAGCCUAGGGCUCCAAAUCCACCGACGCCGCCACCUCCACCACGUCGUGCUUCGAGAACAGCGAGCAAACCAAACACCGGCGACUCGUCAAUUGGUGGAAGAAAGCCAAAGGCCUCGACACAACAAUGGCAUUGAAGGAAAGGGUGUGUUGAUUCAAGCUAUUGCCCCGCAGAAUCGAUGUCUCUCAACCGUUACACGCAUCUAAAUCAUGGGCUUUGCGCAUUAUGCAGAUCUCGUCUAUGAUGCUUCCUCGCUUCCGCUUCCCUCAAGCACUUGGUCCUCUGAAACAGUCACAAGAGUAUCCUGUGUAGCUAUAUGUCUCUUAAGUCGUAUCCACUAGUGCAUAUAUAGCAUCGUCGUCCCAGGUACUUAGAACAGUGUAUAUACAUCAAAUAAGUGGAGCUCUAGAUAACUGUAAGAUUAGGCAAGAUGGAAAAUGUGGACUGGUCCAUGAAAUCAAGAAAUUUAUAUGGUAUAUAUACAUCCUUGGUUCACCCAAAGAUUUA